ACUAGGCGGACGGCGGGGCCGCUGCGCGGGAGUCGCUGGUUCGGUGCGGCCCGGCGGGGCGAGGAGGAGGGAAGCGUCCCGCAGGGUGAGCGCGGGGGUCGGCCGAGGGCGCCGCGGCCGCUCGGGCUCAAGGGGGGCGGUGCGAGAAGGGAAAGGCCGGGCGCUGGAGGCUGCGCGCCGCCCCCCCUCCCGAGACGCGGGCGCCCGGCCUGCCGCGGGCCUUGGGGGCGCCCUGGAGCCGCGGGCGGGGUCACGGGCGGGGCCGCCGAGGCCGCCCCUGCACCUCUCCCGCCGACUCACCUGCUCUCCACGGCUGACGGCUUCUCUGCCCCCGCUGUGGUUCCGUGGUAACGGCUGGGGGGAAGCCUCCGAGUAACUGCACCGAGCUGCUCUCGCGUUCCGACCUACAAGUCACCGUUUGCAGAAAUGAUGAAGAUGAUCCUUUGCAAUUUGCCUUUUCCUUUUUUUUUUUUUUUUUUUUUUUAAAUCCGUGUGGUCUUUGAGGUUCGUUCAUGUGGGUCCUUUGAUAGUACUGACUUGCACCCUUCGGACCCCCGUUUGCCGGACACUGUUCUGAGCGCUCGACUUCAUCCGGCCCUUGCAAACGACCCGGGCCAGGUAACCCCCAGACGGGGAAACUGAGGCACAGACAGGCCGUCCCGGCAUUCUGUCGUGCGAACGUUCGAUGGUUUAUUCAUCCGGUUCUCUUGCUUCCUGUUACACACGCAACCCGAAGUAUUCCAGUGCCGGUUAAAGCAAUGGCAGCGGUGGCUUUUGGGUUGCCUGGAAUCGCAAGAUCGUCAGGACGUCUAGUUCUGAGAAGGCGAAGAGGGGUCUUCUCAUUCACAGGUUAAAGCUACCUUUCCAGAUAGUUCAACAACUAAGUCACCAGUUUCCAAGGGCAUUUGCACCAUCCAUGGAAAGCAUCGGAUCUGUGUACACCAGAUGUCCUUGACAACUCAUCCCGCCAUCUCCCUGCACAAAAUUUGCACCACCAGUGGACAACAAAGGCAACCAUUGUUUCUUUUCUUUACCAAGUAGAUAUAAUAUCUCUACCAACAAAACAGAAUACACAAAGUGUCUCUUCCCAGUAUCAAGACCAGUUGAGGCCACUAAGAAAAUCAGCUUUCCUAGAUGAGGACCCCUUCUCUUCUUGGGUAGCCAGGAUUUGAAGGAGAGACUCUGACCUGUACAACUGGUAAGUGACUUAACACUUUUACACACUGAACUGGUCCUGAGAACCGAGAUGUCUUCUUUGUAAGUGAAGAAUAUACAACAUAAUCUCGAAGAACUGCACAGUGGUAUGAGCCAGAGACAUACCAUGUGUGCAUAACGGACUGUCACACAGAUUAAGCUUGCUGGAGGAUUUUUCAUCUUUUGUUUCUGUUUGCUAGUUUUAGUCUUUUGCUGGCUUAGAUUGUUACCCUUUUCUGGUUUCUUCUUCUGUUCUAAUGGGUCCCAGAAAUCCCUCUCCUGACCCCUUAUCAGAAUCAGAAAGUGAGGACGAAGAAAACGCUAACUACCUAAAUGAGAGUUCUGGGCAAGAGUGGGAUUCCUCUGAAGAAGAAGACCCUGUGGUGCCCAACCUAACACCUCUUGAGAGUCUUGCUUGGCAGGUUAAGUGCCUUUUAAAAUAUUCUACAACUUGGAAACCUUUAAAUCCUAAUUCCUGGUUAUAUCAUGCUAAACUCUUGGAUCCAAGCACACCAGUCCAUAUACUUCGAGAGAUAGGCCUAAGACUCUCCCAUUGCUCCCAUUGUGUACCCAAACUGGAACCAAUUCCUGAGUGGCCUCCUCUGGCUUCUUGUGGAGUACCCCCUUUUCAGAAGCCCCUUAAAAAUGCCAGCCGGCUGUCUAGAGAUCAUGCCACUCUAAAUGGAGCACUACAGCUUGCCACCAAACAGUUAAGCCGAACGUUGAGUAGAGCCACUCCCAUACCUGAAUACCUAAAACAGAUCCCUAAUUCAUGUGUUUCUGGUUGUUGCUGUGGCUGGUUAACUAAAACAGUUAAGGAAACAACCCGCACUGAACCCAUCAACACGACUUACUCAUACACUGACUUCCAAAAGGCAGUUAACAGACUCCUAACUGCAUCACUAUAAAGAGCUACCAUUUGUUCUGGUAUCUGUCCUAUUGCUGAUUGAGAAGGAAGUCACACACACACACCGCAGUUAAGAAACACAUGCCUUCUCAGUGAACGAUGCCCUGUCCUGACAAGCCCUUAGGUACUGCCACUACAGUAGCACCGUAACUCCGCUACAGAAAAUGCAUGAUGAGAUGGCCCUUUGACAGACCCUGUGGAUAAAAUGAAAACUUCAGUAGAAAAUUAGACAAAAUGGACCAUAUUACAGAAGUUGACUAUUGUUCACACUCAGCCCCCGCCCCCUAAUUUAUUGUGCCUCUCUGAAUGGAGAGGAAGAAGUAACGGGCCCCUACCCCUUUUGUUACCUAACCUUCAAAAUCACCAGUGGGGAAAGUGGGAACUUAGCUACUCCCAAUAACACCUUUCUGAGCAUAUGCUUUUCUAACGUUAAUUUCUACAUGCUAGUUAAAUUAAUUUGAAUUACCUAGACAAAAGAAAAUGAUGGGGCUAAGGAUUUAUCUCCCACCUUUUAUACAGAUAGGCCUAUAGAUGGCACCCUUUAGGGUUCUUAUUUUGGGGGGAGGGAGUACAGUUUCAAACCUAGACUGCACUGCCUCAGACCUGCUACAGUACCUGCAGUUACAGUAUAAACCUUUAUAUCCUAGGCUCCCAGCAGGCCGUCUCUAGCUACGUUGGCCUAAAAAAAUUGAAGCCGGGGGUUAAACAGACACCUGUUCUGCAGGGAAUGUGUUUCAUGCAUCUUGGCAUUCAGAGGUUAGUCAAGAGCAGAUUGUAUUUUAAAAGACCAGUAGGAAAGGAUUAAGAGCAUUUACGCUUUCAGUAUUAACUACUAGUGAAUUAAAAUAUUUCAUCUGUAUAAUCUCAGCAGUACUUUAUGCACUGUUUACAUCUAUUGCAAACUUUUCAGGAACUCUUCUAACUUUAAAGAUCUUAUUACUACUACAGAAAAAUCUCAGCCUAGUACAAUUUGAAGUUGGGGUUUGUAGCAUCAUUGUUUUUCUAGAUAGAUUAGCUUUAGAUUUUUUUCUAGCUCAACAAGGAAGAGUAUGUACCCUUGUGAAUGAAUCUUGCUGUAUUUAUUUAAAUAAGUUAAAACAUAGAAGUCCUACAUAAAAGAAGAUGCAUGUGACCAUUAAAUCUUUUCACACACCUACAAUAGAGUGAAACCUGUGUGUGUGAUCCUGGCUGACCGGGCAUCAAAAAGCCAUCAGAAAAUGGAUUGUGAAAAAUAUGUCACAUACCCUUUCAUUUUAAUCUUACUUUUUCCUGUUCUCCAUAAUUAACUACUGCGUAUGAUGUGGCAUCAAAGAAAGGGAAGCAUCAGUGGAAUCACAAAUUCUAUACAUGUAUAGCAACUUUAAGGAGAGAGGGAAAUGUUUAUAAUCUGAUGAAUUUUUCCGCUAAGCUUUAGUUGUCAUAUCUUGAGGAAAAAAGAGGGACCUGUAAUAGGAAAAAAUAUUUGUUAGUGGAAAAUUGCUGAACUGAAACCAUAUCAUACUGUUAGUAUAACUGAAUGUAUCAGAAACUGUUCCUAUGUAGAUGUUCUGUGAAACUGGGUUUUUAAAAUGUUGUAAGAACCUGUUUUCCUUUUUUUUUUUUUUUUUUUAAGCGGGAGGUGGGAAGAGGUAGGGAGAUCUGAAAAUUAAAAUAUAUUGAUGUUUAUGUAACCAUAAUUUGUUCCUUUUUCUGUAUGUGUGUAUAAAAGUGCCUUGCUCAUGAAGCAUUUUUGCUAUUCACUGCAAAAGGAAGCCUUUCCCCAGCUCCGCAGCUGAAUAAACCGACAGCUUUAUACAUGCUGAACAGAGUAUGGUCAUUUGUUCUCAACAAAUGAAACAGAUCCUGCUUUGCUUAAGGCCUAUCCAACAUUCACUAAGUGCUGAAUAGAGUCAACUGACUGAUACGGAUACAGAUAAAUAGUAUCUAUACAGCGUGUCUGAUAGGAGGUGACUUGGCAGCUCUAGAAAAUGAAACAUACUCAUAAAAGAAAAUGUCAGCUAUUCAGUCAAGACCUGUAUUUGAACCCAUUUGUUAGUAUAUGUUAAGUAAUUACAGGUUACACAGAGUGAUAGGAUCCUGGAAAAGACUUAAGCCUUUACUUCUUUUUGUGUGCCACGGACACGGGGCUGUAGGAGAGGAUUUACCACUUUCCCACUCUCCCCUACAAGAGAUUGGGAGAAAUGACAAAUUUAUUAUGUAUUCACAGGAAUAUUUAUCAAAGGAAACAGGACUUCUAAACCAACAGACAUCAAUGUUAUUAAAGGUAUUACUCUCUUGCCGUGCAGAUCGGCAGCCUCUCUUUGUUGAAGCAGUCCAGAUACUUUGAGCACAGAAGACCGUAAUCAUGUCUUUUAAACCCAUCAGCGUUCCCAAGAGAAGGAAGAAAAUUGAUACAUGUCUGCUGUUAGGGAAUUUAGAGAUCGCUUGGGUUAUUUUUUUACCAAUACAUAAAUUCUCUCUUCUGUCUCUAAUAAUUUUCUACUUUUGGCUUCAGUAUUAGAGAACUUCAUGCCUUUUGGAGUAUCCCAUUACUUUUAAAUGUCUCUUGUUAGAAAUUUAGCCAUUCAUCUAAUAACAUAUGGUGUGUCUACUAUAACCCAGACACUGGGAGUGCAAAAUUAGAUACUACACAUAAAAAAAUCUGUUGUUUUUUAAGAUUUAUUUAUUCAUGAGAGACACAGAAGGAUGGAGACACAGGCAGAGGGAGAAGCAGGCCCCCCUCAGGGAGCCCAAUGCGGGACUCGAUCCUGGAUCCAGGGACCACGCCCUGAACCGAAGGUGGACACUCAACCGCUGAGCCACCCAGGCGUCCCAGAAAUUAAUUUUAAAAUACAUCGAACCAGGGCACCUGGGUGAUUGACUCGGUUAAGCAUCUGAUUUCAGCUCAGGUCAUGAUCUCAGGGUCCUGGGAUGCAGCUGAGCCCUGCAUCUGGCUCCUUGCUCAGCGGGGAGUCUGCUUGUUCCUCUCCGUCUGCACCUCCCCCUGCUUGUGCUCUCCGUCUCAAAUAAAUCUUUUUUAAAAAUAAUUUAAAAAUAAAAUAUAUUGAACCAAUAUAAUUGCCCUGAAGCUUUUGGCCAUUGAUAUUUUUGCUCUCUAGGGUCACAUUAAAUAAGCCUGCCUGAUCCUUCUACAGACCCGUAGAUAUUUGUAAAUGUGCAAGUGUAGUGGAAAUUCACAUGGAGGGCACAAUUAAACCCCAAAAGGGGUAGUCAGCUGAGGGAAUAGAUAAAGAGGUCUUUUAUACACAGAUAAAAGUUGUAUUUGAUAAGUUCAAGAGGCAAUGGCACCCAAAGAUCAGGGCCAGGAGUGUUUUGCUUGUAUGGCUGGGGCAUAUGGAAAAGCCCAGAAAGUCUGGAUAAGUUGUCAGACUGCAUGAUACAAGCCUGUGCAGAGCUCCUGGCCUGAGUCCCCAGUGAGCAGUACCCACUGGACUGGGACAUUGAGAGGGCCAUACCAGCCAACACCACCCACCGGUGUCAACUUGCUCUUGUCGAAAAGAAAGUCUCUAGCAUUAUCUUUGCCAAUUUUAAACAAAGUUCAGUUAACAGUUACAUAUUUGAGUCUAUCGCUGUAUACAACCCUCUGAAUUCUUUCAAUUGGUGACAACAGUGGGAUUAAAUAACAGUUUUGGACAUGAGACCGAGAAAAUGGAAAGGAUGAAGGUAACGCCAUGACCUGACACUUGCUGGCUACCCAACUGCUGUUAGCUGUGAGAACUAUGACCGGCUCUUCUCAGGGAGAUGUGGGAAAGGAAGGCCUGAUUCUAAAAUCCCAAAGUUAUUGCUUCCAAACAGCAUGGACUUAGCUUAAAUUGCUAGUGACGAGCUUAAAUUGCUAGUGACGGGUUAGGGUUGGAUCCUUAAAAAAAAAAAAAAAAAAAAAAAAAGUUGGCUGGAGUUUGGGCGAUUUAUUUGGGAAGACAUGGGUGACCCUGACACAUAAUAUGAAAAUUCCUGGAUCCAUUGGGAAUUGAUGUCCCUGGAGUAGGACAUGAUCUGUGGUCACCCAGGAGACCUGGGAUCCCAGUCGGCCCAACAAGAUUAAAACUCGGUUCCGAGUAUACAUAGAAACCCAGCCGAUGUGGUAUCCGAUUAGAUUUCAGCAGAAACCAGAUGAAACGGUGUCAGAGUCAGUGUUGCAGUUUGUAAACUCAGCAGCUCCUUCUUCAGGGAAAGUCACAUUUGGGUGAACUGCCGAACCCUGAACACUGACGUGCCACCCAUAGUGUCAGUGGGGGGACCCGAGGCUCCAGUGUGUCAACUGGUGUUUUACAGUGUUCUAGUUAGGCAGGCGUCUGGAAGGGACAACUUCCCUGGGGAGGCUCCCCAGCUUUUGGAACAGUCCAAGGGUAUGGCCAGUCCUCGUGAAAGAAAACCCUAUAGACUGGCUUUAUGAUUGCACCCCGAACUACCAGAAAGACUUGAUUCAGCACCAGUGGCAGAGGUCUGGUGACACGGGGCCAACACCUAGAGAACUAAAGUCUUUAUUAAUGAAAGCAUUAAUGCUGGCCACAACCAGUGUGUGCCACGGGAAUUCAUCACAAGGUGGGCUGUGUGGUGUCGGCCCCCAGCUACCUGCCCCGGAGUAAUGUGGACUCCCAGGGCCCUGAAUGCCUUGGUCCAGAUGCCACCUUCCCUCUUUAAUGUUGGUCACUUUUCUGUGCACUGUUUCCUUAAAUCUGUUGGGUUACUGAUUUAGCAAAUAUAAAAUACAGGAUGCCCAAAUGAAUUUCUGAUAAACAAUGAAAUACGGGACAUACUUAUACCAGGAAAAAAAUAAUUACUUAUCUGAAAUCCACAUUAAAUUUUUUUUUUUUAAUCUGGCAGCCCUAUAAAUAUGUUAGCAGCAUUGAUUAGUUGGGUUGUAAUCAUGGAGUUGUUCCUGGAGGCAGUCCGGCUCUUCCCAUUAUGUGUGGCUUAACCUACCUCCAAAUACGUGAUGGGGGGCAGGGGAGCGGGAGGCGAACACAUACUUGAGCCAAGAUUAGAGGCGUGAGGUGGGAGGGGAAGCCCAAUUGCUGGUACGAGAGUUUUGUAGGAGACACAUUUUGUAGGUUAAAAUAAUCACAUAACCAUUAAAACCUUUCCAGACACAUUUUUAAAAUGCUGUCACGAUAAUAGGUGGUUUGGGUUUGUGGCUGUCUGUGUCCUGUUUGGGUUAACUGCUAAAUCUUAAGCCGUGUUUUAAGCAGUUAACUUCUCACUUCGCUUUACUAUGAAGGAAAGCUUCAGUAUUACUCAAAACAAAACCUGGUAGGUAGCACGGUAGUGGCAGCCGUUCUGCAUUUGCAGAAACGGUCCACACACUUGGAAGCCUCAUCUUUUCCUUCCAGAACCCCCAGAAGGCACAGGACACCCGGGGAGAUGGGGGGUGAGGAGCAAAGUUGAAAACACGAAUCUGAACGUUUAUUUUUGUCUCCUUUU